UGGUUUAAAUUGUUCUCAUUCCCUCAAUUCCUAAUUUCCCGUUCUACCCUUUCAUUUGGAUCAGCUAUUGCUACUCUGUCUCUGUCAACUUCGGCUACCGUCGUUGCCACUCUCCAACUUCCAGGCAGAGUUUUGUCUUUUUGAAGUAGCGAAUUAAAUUUUGCAUCUGGAUAUUUGGAAAUUUAGGUAUUGAUUUUCGUUAUCAGAUUUAUGGUUUCAGCAUCUAGUCAGAAACUCCGAUUGGAGCUGAUCAAAUAGAAUUGCUUAUCCAGUACCCUAUCAAAGGCCAUGCCUACCAUGAAGAAGGUUGUUCAUUAUAAUUCUGAACAAACAUCUUUUGGGUUAGUAUUUAGCAAAUUGGCAGAGGAGAUUGGUGAACCUGUCGACUUUGAACUUCCAGAAUGGUUUAAUAAGUGCAAGCCAAUGCCAGUAACAUUUAUAAAACGCAAUAUAUAUCUGACAAAAAGGGUUAAAAGAAGGCUUGAUGACGAUGGCAUAUUUUGUUCUUGUACAUCAUCACCUGGAUCUUCUGCUGUAUGCGGUAAAGAUUGCCACUGUGGGAUGCUUCUGUCUAGCUGCUCUUCAGGCUGUAAAUGUGGGGUUUCCUGUCUUAACAAACCAUUCCAGCAUCGACCCAUCAAAAAGAUGAAAUUAGUUCAGACUGAGAAAUGUGGUUCUGGAAUUGUGGCGGAUGAAGAUAUCAAGCAAGGAGAAUUUGUGAUAGAAUAUGUUGGAGAAGUCAUUGAUGACAAAACAUGUGAAGAAAGAUUAUGGAACAUGAAACUUCGUGGGGUGACAAACUUCUACCUAUGUGAAAUAAAUCGAGAUAUGGUGAUCGAUGCAACAUAUAAAGGAAACAAAUCAAGAUAUAUCAAUCAUAGUUGCUGUCCUAAUACUGAGAUGCAGAAAUGGAUAAUUGACGGUGAAACGAGAAUUGGCAUAUUCGCAACGCGCGACAUAAGGAAAGGCGAACAUCUGACAUAUGAUUAUCAGUUUGUCCAGUUUGGUGCGGAUCAGGAUUGCCACUGCGGGGCUAAUAUGUGCAGGCGUAAGCUUGGUGUGAAACCUACCAAGCCUAAAACUUCUUCAGAUGCUGCAUUAAAUUUAUUCGGAGACCAGGUUUAUCAGAAUGGAGGUUUGCAUAUUGGAAAUUCCCGCCUCUUUUGCCAAUCAAACUGCCUUCGCAAUUGCAUUGGUGAAGUUGUUAGAAUCAGACACCUUGAUAUUAUAAGGUUCGGGAUUAUUAAGCGGUUUCAUGAAUAUUCGAAGAAACACUCGAUCAUGUUUGAGGAUGGACAUGUUGAAUUUUUUGACAUGUCCAAGGAAGAUUGGGAACUGGUUACAUUGUGAUGCAGCUAUUAGUUGGUCCUCGAAGGGUAUUUCUGACCUUGGAUGCGGUGGUUGAUGAGAGCUGUAUGUGACAUUGUGGAUUGGUUGACCCAACAGAAUAUUCCUUGCCUGGGGCACUUGGUUCCUCAUUUUGUCUUUGUUGGAACUGUGAAAUAGUGUUUGUAAUUUGUAAGAUGCAUUUCUUUUAUUCAAUUUUUAAAUAAAAGUUUCAUAAAAGAUAUCUCAAC